GGGGCAAGCACGGCGGCCUGACGAAAGCGAGGCCAGGAGGAAUCCCACAAUACCAGGCGGGCUGUGUGGGAUCGCCGCCGCCGCCGCCGUUGUCUCGUUAAUGCAAGAGGAAGCGAUGCGGAGGGGUGGAAAAUGGCAGAGCUGCAGAUGCUGCUAGAGGAGGAAAUCCCUUCAGGCAAGCGGGCGCUGCUCGAGAGCUACCAGAACCUCACCCGUGUGGCCGACUACUGCGAGAACAACUACAUCCAGGCUCCCGAUAAAAGGAAAGCAUUAGAAGAGACCAAAGCAUACACAACCCAGUCUCUUGCUAGUGUUGCUUAUCAGAUCAAUGCACUGGCCAACAAUGUACUCCAACUGCUGGACAUUCAAGCAUCCCAGCUACGGAGAAUGGAGUCCUCUAUCAACCAUAUCUCCCAGACUGUGGACAUCCAUAAAGAGAAAGUGGCUCGCAGAGAGAUAGGUAUUUUGACAACCAAUAAGAACACAUCAAGAACUCAUAAAAUUAUAGCGCCGGCAAACAUGGAGCGUCCUGUAAGAUACAUUCGAAAACCUAUCGACUAUACCGUGCUGGAUGAUGUCGGCCAUGGAGUAAAGUGGCUAAAAGCCAAGCAUGGAAAUAACCAGCCUGCAAGAACUGGCACCUUGUCAAGGACAAAUCCACCUACACAAAAACCACCAAGUCCUCCUAUGUCAGGCCGGGGAACUCUGGGACGAAAUACUCCUUACAAAACCUUGGAACCAGUUAAACCUCCAACUGUUCCUAAUGAUUACAUGACCAGUCCUGCCAGACUUGGAAGCCAGCACAGUCCAGGAAGAACAGCUUCCUUAAACCAGAGACCAAGAACACACAGUGGUAGUAGUGGAGGAAGUGGCAGUCGAGAGAACAGUGGAAGCAGCAGUAUUGGCAUUCCCAUUGCCGUGCCUACACCUUCACCACCAACUGUUGGGCCAGCACAAAUUUCUGUUCCUCCUCCUCUUCCUGGAGUCCCACCAGCACCACCACUGCCACCACCUCUCCCGAUGGGCAGUACGAUAGCUGCUCCUGGUUCAGCUCCUGGUUCCCAGUAUGGCACAAUGACCAGGCAAAUUUCACGACACAACUCUACCACUUCUUCAGCAUCUUCUAGUGGAUACAGACGGAAUCCCUCUGUGACUGCCCCAUUUUCUGCUCAACCUCAUGUUAAUGGCGGGCCUCUCUAUUCUCAAAACUCAAUUUCUAUUGCUCCACCCCCUCCCCCUAUGCCUCAAUUGACUCCACAGAUACCUCUCACAGGCUUCGUGGCCAGGGUGCAGGAAAACAUUGCUGAUAGUCCAACUCCUCCUCCACCACCACCUCCAGAUGAGAUGCCUAUGUUUGAUGAUUCUCCUCCUCCCCCUCCCCCUCCCCCUGUGGAUUAUGAGGAUGAGGAAGCUGCAGUAGUGCAGUACAGUGAUCCGUAUGCAGAUGGAGAUCCUGCUUGGGCCCCUAAAAAUUAUAUUGAGAAAGUUGUUGCUAUAUAUGACUACACGAAGGACAAGGAUGAUGAGCUGUCAUUUAUGGAAGGUGCAAUCAUUUAUGUGAUAAAGAAGAAUGAUGAUGGGUGGUAUGAAGGAGUUUGCAAUCGAGUGACUGGCCUGUUCCCUGGGAAUUAUGUUGAAUCAAUCAUGCACUAUGCUGAUUAGAAUCUUGGCUUUUCAAGUUGGGUCUUGUAUUCAAUCAUACCAUGAUUAUUUACAAGUGGUAACUAAAGGUUAACAAUUGUCUUAAUAUACUUUUAAAAAAAAUCUGCCCAUCUUUUCAGGCCAUACUGUUUUAAUGGUAUGAUUGAAGAAUGUCCAGCUCCAUAAGCAUAAAUCUUUGGAGACAGUUUGUCUUACCUGAUAGAAAUUUGUAACACAAGUAACUGUCUUAUUAUUGCUCAUGCUUAUUUACUUAUGCAUUGUUAAUUUUAUGACCAGCCUAAAUAUUCUUGGGAAGUAGGGUAUAAUAUUUAAUGAACCAUGAUUCAGAUUGUGCCAUUACAUUUUUCAGUGCAGCAUGGUAACUAACAUUAAGUUAGAUUAACAUAUUAAAGUAUGGGUGAAAAGUUUAAUGUCAGUGCUGGUCAUAUUACUUUUUGUUAGACUCUUGCUCAUUCUUGAACUAUAAUUGUUUAAAGCAUGCAUACAAACUUAUGUACUGAAAUAUACUUUUUUAAAAAUCCAAGAUGCUUCCAAUUUGUUGUAAUCUUUACCUGGAGAACUCACUAAAAUCUAUUGCAAUGAAUUGCUUGAGUCUCUACAGUGUCCAUGUGAAUCAAAAAUGGGUGGUUUUAUGUAUGUGUAAUUUGUACCAAGUUUUUUUAAAUGAGUCAAUUUGCAUUACAACUUUUCCAUUCAUAAAUAUAUGUGGAACCAAA